AUGGGUACUGAGAGAUCUCUCGCAACGCUCCUGCGAUCCCUGCAGACUGCUUCCGUGCCUGAAGAUGCGUACAGAUUAUUACCGUCAGCAACCGGCCUCUUGUCCCUUCUUAAGAAUCCCCUGAACGUAUCGCUGUUGUCGUCGCAACUACUCUGCUGUCCGGCUUUGUGGGAAGGGCAGGUCGAUCUCCAGACCUGUCGCAGGCUGAUUGGAGUCUUCAAUAGCGCAGCGUUUACAAUCGUACAACAUGAAUCGUCCAGUAACCCAAAACCACCAUAUCUCCAGCGGCGCGGGCUUGAGCGAGAAGAAUGGUUGAAGGCCGUGGUCAACGGCGCAGAUGACAAGUCCCCACGUUGGAGACAUCUCCUCCUCAUUGGCGGAGUGUUGCUGGGCUUCGAAGGCCAGAAUCGCCAGGGUUUGUCGUUGCACUGGAGAAAGAAACUUGAAUCGGCACUGAUCAAGGGGCUACAACUUUCGUUGGCAGAACUGGAAGAAAAUCCGAAGGUAGCGGCACACGCCAGUGUCCUAGUCUUAAACUAUACAUUUGAGUUGCUGUCCGAUUGGGAGCGAAGCCAGAUCGAUUACGAUAUCCUUCUUCCUAUCCUAGUUGACUCCGCCUUUUUCUCCGAAGAAGGUCUUAGCUCAGGAUAUUUUCUAGGCGCCAUCGACCAGGACGUUCGCGAGAUCGGUAAUAAGAAGUUUGCCUGGGUCGAAAGUUCACCGACUUUCUGUCAGGUUAAUACCAUCCUAUCGAGGCCGCUUAUUACCUCUCUUGGUCCACUCUCCCGUUUGAUAGCGCAUUCUGUCGAUAAUGCCAGUAAUCAGGCUCUAAUCGCAGAAUUGGUGGACCUUUUACUUGAAUAUUCUCGCACCGCUCUUGUCCAAUGGCGUCAGAACAAGUUAUCGGAGGUUGACAUGUCAGAAGAGGCCGAAUUCUUGGAUGAAAUCACCCUGAAAUCAACACUGCCUACGCUGUGGCGGCUCUUGAAGACCUCUUUGUUUUCUAUGGUCAUUGUGCUCCGAGCUGCCAUGGGCAGAGUGCUAAACGACCCGGUGUUAGCCGCUGAUAGAUAUGCGCCUUACCUCGCCUCCAAAACUCUCCAAAUUCUCCGAAAUCUCUUUUUCAUAACGAGCCGAUUAGGGCAUAACUCGUCUUCCCAGCUCGUUUUUGUUAACCUCACCUCCCUUGACAUCCUGUCACAAUAUCCCGCACUCGCACAAGAAUUCUUAGAAAAUAUUCGACCCUCAGACAAUGGUCAAAUUCCGGCUCAUCCAGUGGACAGGUGUCUGGAUUUAUUUUUCUUGAAUACUGCCGAACAUUUCACGCUUAUCCUCACUCCGGAUGUCAAUGAACGUUUAUUAGUAUCUGCAGCGCUGCCUUAUCUCGCAGCUGGCGGUAAUAACAACCUCCUAGAGAUCUUCGAAGCUGCUCACAGCGUCGUUCUAGCCGUCCUUGCGGCGCCAAAAAGCGCCGAUAUGGCAGCUAAACAUCUGCCAUACUACGUUGAUACCCUGUUUAAUGUCUUCCCUCAGAACCUCUCUGCGAGACAAUUCAGACUUGCAUUUAAAACAAUCCUUCAGAUCACCGCCCCUCCUUCACCAUUAGCAAAUAGCCAACCCUUACUCCCGUCAAUCCUUCUGCAGCUUCUCUACGACAGGGCAUUAACGGCCCCAACGACUCCUCUCCCUCACCCAACUUCCGCAGUUGAUUCCACAUCCACCGAGGAACCCCUUCUCUCCGAACAAGCGGUCCUUACACUAACUAUAAUUGACUGUUUAUGCUACCUUCGGGUUGACACACUAGAAGAAUGGCUUAAUCUCGCUGCCCAUUUGAUAAGCCAAAUUGAAGACCGUACCAUGCGAAGCACGUGUCAAGAAAGGCUUUGGGACGCGCUGAGCAGUGGGGAGAUGGAUGUUGAGAGGGCCUACUUUUGCGUUACGUGGUGGAGUACGAGAGGAGGGAGAGAGAAGGUACUUUUUGGAGCAGAGGAAGAUGUCCAAGUUCCAUACAUGAGCGGAGCCCUAGGCACUGGGGAGCCUGAACCAAGGGAAAACAAGCUGUGA